GUGAUCCAUCAUGGUGAAGAGAUUAGUUUAACAGCUGCAUAUUAAUUGGAGAAUCUAAUUCAUCAGUGUACAACGUGAAAAACAAAAUAGCAAGUUGUCUAAAAUACUGCCCCACCCUGUCCAUACAAUGGAUGAGUUCCAGGAUGGCGUACAGGGCAAUUUUCGCUCUACCAUCAAUGUAACAAACCCACGAGGACCCGGUAAUGUGGAGAUGGCUGACUUACCACGGAAACCGGGGAAUGAUCCCGAACCCGCACCACUGCCGCCUGUCCCCUCAAUCCCGAGGGUGGAGAGCACUAAUGAAAUACUUAACCUUACCUUGCAUCAGUGUGCAAGAAUGGGAGAUGUUAAGAGUGCCAAGAUAUUGUUGAGUAAUAUGGGAGGCAAUGUAAAGAAGAAGAUAAAUGUCCGUGACGAGGAUGAUCUUACACCACUACAUUAUGCUGCACGCUACAAUCAGCUUAAUGUACUCAUAGUCCUUGUGGAUAACGGAGCAGAUAUAAAUGCAAGAGAUGAAGAGGGCCUGACACCACUACAUUAUGCUGCUAGAUUUAAACGUGAAGGGAAGAAAAUGAAACCAGAGGAGGAUGAGGAAGAUGGAACUGAAGAGCAUGUUAAUGGAGGUAUGAAAGUGAGUGAUACAGCAGAAGAGUUGGCGUCACAGUCUAGUGUCAUCAACUACCUUAUCAGUAAACGAGCAGAUAUUAACGAACGUGACAUCUAUGGACAGACUCCGCUACACUACGCAUGUAUGAGAGGAAAUGAAGUAGCUACACGAGAGCUUCUUACCUACUCACAAUCAUUACAACUAGAGGCAACAGACAAACAGGGUAUGACAGCUCUUCAUAUGGCCGCCUCUCACAGACAGACAAACAUUGUACGUCUGUUGAUAGAUAGUGGUGCAAAUCUACGUUGUAAAGAUGAUGAAGAAACCACUCCUCUGCUUGCUGCGUGUACUGAGGGUAAUGUACAGGUUGUGAAGAAAUUGUUCAAGGCUGCUGCUAAAAGUUCUGGUGGAUGGGUUACCAUACAAGAGAUGGUAACAGACAAAGAUAUUGAUGGAAACACUUGUCUGAGUUUGGCUGUGGAGAAUGGUCAUUAUGAAGUAGUCAAACUUUGUCUGGAAAAAAGGGCGGAUGUGAACACACCGAACAAUAUCUACAUGUACCCUCUACAUCUGGCGGCUGUGAAUGGAGACCUUAGAGUUGUCCGUCUGCUUAUUGAGCAUAAUGCUCGUAUUGAUGCUCUCAACAACGAGCAGGCCACGCCCCUACAUAAGGCAGCUCAGUAUAACCAUGUACAAGUGGUGGAGUUUCUUGUAGACAGAGAGGCAGACAUUGAGAGGAGAGAUGAGGAGAACUAUACUCCACUCUUAUUGGCCAGUGUGUAUGGCCGUGCCCCCACUGUAGAUCUUCUUAUCCAGAAAGAGGCUGAUAUUGCAGCAGUGGACAAGAAUGACAAGACAGCAAUAUUCCUGGCAGCAGAAGAAAAUCAGCUUAAUGCUUUAGAGUGUUUGUUAAAGAAUGGAGCAGAUAUGGAGAGUAAGAAUGAGGAGGAACAAACACCUCUACAUCUUGCUGCCAAGUUUGGUAGAACAAACACUGUACGGGAACUUGUUACCCAGGAUAAGAAUGCUGUAAAUGAUGAGGAUGAAAACUCCAACACAGCACUCCAUCUUGCUGCAUUAGCUGGUCAUGCUAAAGUUGCUGAGGUACUCAUAGAGUUUGGAGCUGAUGUUGCUGCCAGGAAUGUGAGCUUGUGGACACCACUUGAUUGUGCUGCAGCUAAAGGUUGGAUGAAAACAGCUAAAGUUUUACUAGAGGCAGACUCUCCUAUAGAUCCUAUGGACAAAGCAAAGACAACUCCUCUCCACUUGGCAUGUAAAUAUGGUCAUGUUGAUGUAGUUGAACUAUUGAUAGACUGGGACGCGGACGUGGAACAGAGAGACUCAGAUGGUAACAACUGUCUUGACCUCUCCAUUGACAACAAUAAUGCGAAUGUAGCUCUAUGUAUCAUCAAGUCUAACUACUGGCAGGAAGCUCUGAGAAAUCAUACCCUUGAUCUAAACACAAACAGACAUGAUACACCAAUGAGGAAACUUAUCAGAAAGAUGCCAGAUGUUGCGGAGGAAGUGUUUAACCGAUGUAUGCAGCAUAACAAGGAGAGUUUAGAGAGUUAUAAUUACAAGAUUACCUUUAACUAUGAGUUUCUAGAUGAUCUAUACUCUGUACUUAACUGGAGUGAUAGAGGUAGUAGUGACUCUGGAUCUUCUACAGGAAGCUUGUAUGAUGAUGAAGACCACCUGACAAAGUAUGCGCGUCCAUACACCACCGACUCUGGAACUUUCAAGAAGAAUCAUCCACUCAUGAUAAUGGUGACGUCAAAGAGAGAAGAUCUUCUGGCCCACCCUCUAGUUACAGCACUGUUGAGAUAUAAAUGGACAAAAUUUGGUCGUACAUUCUACUAUGUGAACUUUCUGAUUUAUGCUGUGUUCUUGACUUUCCUUACUGGUUUCAUUGUGUCUACUGAUGCCCCCUAUAUGAUCAGAGAGUCGUGUUCUGAAUUAAAAAGUAGGGGCUAUGACCAGCCGUUAUUUGCAAAGAUAGGAAAAUAUGCCAUCAUUAUACUAGCGGCAUGGAACUUACUGAGAGAGUUGAUACAACUUUACCAAGCCAAGCUGAACUAUCUGAGUUGGGAGAAUCUGAUAGAAUGGACUGUUUAUGUUACAUCCAUUCUGUUUGUUCUGGAUUUUGAAGAUUGUCAAAAAUCUACAGGGUUUAGAACUCGCUGGCAGUGGAAUGUAGGAACUGUUGCAAUAUUCCUGUCAUGGAUCAACCUUGUGUUGUUUGCCCAAAAGUUCCCCAGGUUUGGUAUCUAUGUGGUGAUGUUCAAGGAUAUCCUGAAGACAUUCUUCCAGUUCUUCAUCGUCUUCAUGCUGUUCAUUAUUGCUUUUGCUCUUGCAUUUUACUCUCUCUUACAGAAUCAGGAAUCAUUUUCUACUGUUUGGCAGUCUCUUAUAAAGACAACAGUAAUGAUGAUAGGAGAGUUUGAGUAUGACGGUAUAUAUACUGAUGGAGUGGUUGAAUAUGAGGUUCUCGGGUAUAUUCUCUUCUGUGUGUUCAUGGUGGUCAUGUCCAUCAUUAUAAUGAACUUGCUCGUUGGUUUGGCUGUAGACAAUAUUAAGGAAGUACAAGAACAGGCAGAACUGACUAGAAAAGCUAUGCAGGUGGAGCUUGCUUUAGAUGUGGAGCGUAUUGUACCAGACUUUUUCCGUAGAAGAUUGGUCGUCAGAAAGGACUCUAUGAAACCUAACCAAGGCAUCAGCAAACUGUUCAGCAGUGUAUUUGGACUAGAGAGUUACGGUCUUACAGCACAGACCAUCCAUAAAGCACUCAAUCCUGAACUGGAUGAGUUAGAGGUAGUAAAGGAGAGCCAGGAGAAGUUACAAGCUACCAUUAACAAGAUGCGUUACAACAACAAGGAGAUGAAAGCUCAGUUAAACAACCUCGAGGGUAUGAUGAAAGCUCUCAUGACAGCCCAGAACAUUAGCUGGCAGGAUGAGGAUUUCCAGGAAGUAGAUGAGAUCAGUCCAAUGGGAGUAUACUCAUAGACUGGUGCCCUUUCCGUACAAGAGAUUCUCCAUGACUGGUUUAUUAUGCAGCAAGAAAAUACUAAUAGACUGAUUUUUGUUUUAUACGAAAAAAUUCUUUUCAUUUAAUUUAGUUGUGAACGGAAAACCUUUUCAAAAGGAUUUUAUUUUGAAAAAGAAAAUUGCAAAGACAUUUUUGAACGUUUUACAAAGGUCUCUUAGGAUUUUUUGUUGUUGUUUUUUUCCUGGUUGUUUAUUAAGAUAUUUGUUCAGUCUUUACUAUUUGGUAUGUUUUAU